ACGACGAACAUUACUGACUACUAACUGUAUACUUCACAGUUCACACUUCAAUAUUUCAGUAUUUACUUAUGAAACCAAAUAGUUCGUCAUGUUCGUAAAAUAGAGUUAUUAGUUCAUACUAUAAUAUUAAUGUAUAAUAAAUUCUUGUUUCUACUAUGAGAUAAUAUAUACUACUAUAAUGAUAUCCCGAGUGUCUUCUCGGUGGCUCGCUUGUUCGUCCCGGCACGGGCAGCACGUUUCCAAACGACGGCUGUGUGUCGGUAGUGUGAAACUAUUCGAAUAUAAAAUAGAUUUUUCAGAGAGGAGUUCAAUAAAGUUGUCUGGAGGCAAAUAUGCACGUCUAUCAGAUGGCUGUGCAGUUGCGACACUCGGCGACACCUCCGUCAUGGCAACAGCGGUGAGCAAGUCAACGAAAUCGUCGUCCAAUUUUUUACCAUUAACCGUCGAUUAUCGACAAAAAGCAGCAGCAGCUGGUCGUAUACCUACAAAUUAUUUACGGCGAGAACUUGCCGUAUCUGAACACGAAAUACUUACUAGUAGAUUAAUUGAUCGUUCACUGCGGCCCCUGUUUCCUUCUACUUACUGUUUUGAUACACAAAUUAUGUGCAAUUUAUUAGCUGUUGAUGGAAUUAAUCACCCCGAUAUACUUAGUAUAAAUGCUGCUUCAACAGCUCUAGCUCUAUCAGAUAUUCCUUGGAAUGGUCCUGUUGGUGCUGUUCGCGUAGGUCUGUGUGAUAACAACUUAGUUAUAAAUCCAACUCGCCGUGAGUUGUCCAACAGUGAAUUAAAUCUUGUUGUUGUGUCAGCUGCUAGAAACUUAGUUAUUAUGUUGGAAGGAUCAGCAAAUAAUGUUCUCCAACAAGAUGUGUUGAAAGCAAUUAAAUUUGGUGUCAAAGAAUGUCAGCAUAUAGUAAAUUGUAUUAAUAAUUUACAAAAAAAAUUUGGCAAACCUAAAAGAGAAUUUGAGACAAAGAAUGUUGAUGACACCAAUGGAAAUUUAGAAACUGUUAUUGAUAGUUUAUGUGAAAUUAAACUUAGAGAAAUAUUUACUAAUGUUGAUCAUCAUAAAAUAUCUAGAGAUACAGCUGUCAAGGAUGUAAAAACAGAAGUUUUUGAAAAUCUUAAAUCAAAUUUUGAUAAUUUAAAUUUAGAACUUUGUUCAGUAAUUUUUGAUAAAAUUUGUAAACGAAUUUUUCGAAAUUUGAUUUUUGAAAAUGAUACUAGAUGCGAUGGUCGUAAACUUGAUGAGCUUCGAAACAUAUCAUGUGAAGUUGAUUUAUAUAAACCACUACAUGGGUCAGCAUUGUUUCAAAGAGGACAGACACAAGUUUUUUGCACUGUUGCUUUAGACUCUAUAGAUUCUGCCCUUAAACUUGAUCCAAUGACUAUAUUAACAAGUGGCAUCAAUGAGAAGAACUUUUUUUUACACUAUGAGUUUCCUCCAUAUGCUACCAAUGAUAUUGGUCGAAUGGGUCCAUCUAUGAGACGUGAAGUUGGUCAUGGUGCUUUAGCAGAACGAGGAUUGAGGUCAGUUGUUCCUGAAAACUUUCCGUUCACAAUACGACUUACAUCAGAGGUUCUUGAAUCGAAUGGGUCGUCGUCUAUGGCAUCUAUAUGUGGUGGUAGUUUAGCUUUAUUGGAUGCUGGUGUACCUAUUUCUCAACCUGCUGCUGGAGUGGCUAUUGGCUUGAUCACCAAUUAUGAUGAUAGUGACUCAACACAUAUUAAAGACUAUAGAAUUUUGACUGAUAUACUAGGAAUUGAAGACUAUCUAGGUGACAUGGAUUUUAAGUUAGCUGGUACUAAAAAAGGCAUUACAGCAUUACAAGCCGAUAUAAAAAUUCCUGGGUUACCAUUGAAAAUUGUUAUGGAAGCAAUAGAAGCUGCCACAAGUGCUAAACAUAAAAUUAUAAAUAUAAUGAAUACAACUAUUCAAAGUACAAGGAAACAAAAAAAAGAUAAUUGGCCAGUAACAGAAAUAUUAAAUAUACCAGUACAUAAAAAGGGUAAACUACUCGGUCCAGGAGGAAUUAAUUUAAAACGUAUUUUACUAGAAACUGGUGCACAAAUUUCUUCAAAUACGGAAAAUGAUGGAUUUACAAUUUUUGCACCUAAUCAAGAUGCAUUGAAUGAAGCUAAAGAAACAGUUGAUAAGCUUAUGGCUGAAAAAUCAGAACCUCAACUAGAAUUUGGAGCUAUUUAUAAAGCAAAAGUAGUUGAAGUACGGGAAAUUGGAGUGAUGGUCACAUUGUAUCCAACUAUGCAACCAACUUUAGUUCACAAUUCUCAAUUAGAUCAAAGAAAAGUAAACCAUCCAAGUGCAUUGGGCAUAGAAGAAGGACACGAGAUUCAAAUAAAGUACUUUGGUCGAGAUCCUGUUUCAGGAAUAAUGAGACUUUCAAGAAAAGUACUACAAGGCCCGUCUUCCAGUGCACCACGGAGUAUUGGUGGUAACAACACUAAUUCAACAUGAGUGAACUAAUAUUUAGUCACUUGGAACCAUAGAAAUGAGUAUCUUUUAUACAUUCAAAAUGUGAUUACUGAUUAUUUGUAUAAUAAACUUCUUAUAAUUAAA